UUGCGUUCAACGACGGUUGCGAUCUUCUUACACUACCAACAGUACCGAGCAGGCAAAUCGUGUAAAAUCAUAAAUUAAACGAACAAUUUUUCUAAUAAAGUGCAUCAUCUGUGAAUAAAGUGAUAAAUUUAAAUUCGUGAAUUGAUUAAUUAUCUACCACAAACUUCAAAAUGGUUUACAACUUCAAGGUCUUCAAGAAGUGCUCCCCAAAUGGCAAGGUCACCAUCUACAUGGGAAAACGUGACUUUGUCGACCACGUGUCCGGAGUGGAGCCAAUCGAUGGCAUUGUCGUGCUCGACGAUGAGUACAUCCGGGAUCACCGUAAGGUCUUUGGCCAGAUUGUCUGCAGCUUCCGCUACGGACGCGAGGAGGACGAGGUCAUGGGUCUCAACUUCCAGAAGGAGCUGUACCUGGCGUCCGAGCAGGUCUACCCUCAGCCGGAAAAGUCCAACAAGGAGCAGACCAAGCUGCAGGAGCGUCUGCUGAAGAAGCUCGGACCGAACGCCUUCCCGUUCACUUUCAACAUUUCUCCGAACGCACCAUCCUCGAUCACUCUGCAGCAGGGCGAGAACGAUCAGGGUGAACCGUGCGGAGUUUCGUACUUUGUCAAGAUCUUUGCCGGCGAGUCGGAAACCGAUCGCACUCAUCGCCGUAGCACGGUUUCGCUGGGAAUCCGUAAGAUCCAGUACGCUCCGACCAAGCCGGGCCAGCAGCCGUGUACCGUAGUCCGCAAGGACUUUAUGCUGAGCCCUGGAGAGCUGGAGCUGGAGGUCACUCUGGACAAGCAGCUGUACCUGCACGACGAACGGAUUGGCGUCAACCUUUGCAUCCGUAACAACUCCAACAAGGUCGUCAAGAAGAUCAAGGCUAUGAUCCAGCAGGGCGUUGACGUGGUUUUGUUCCAGAACGGAAGCUAUCGCAAUACCGUCGCUUCGCUCGAAACCAGCGAAGGAUGUCCGAUUCAGCCGGGAUCGAGCCUGCAAAAGGUCAUGUACCUGACUCCGCUGCUGUCUUCGAACAAGCAAAAGCGCGGAAUCGCUCUGGACGGAGAGAUCAAGCGCCAGGACCAGUGUCUGGCUUCAACGACCUUGUUGGCUCAACCGGACCAGCGUGACGCCUUCGGAAUCAUCGUGUCGUACGCCGUCAAGGUCAAGCUGUUCCUGGGCGCCCUCGGAGGCGAAGUGUCCGCCGAGCUACCGUUCGUGCUGAUGCACCCCAAGCCGGGAAGCAAGGCCAAGGUCCUGUACCAUGCCGACAGCCAGGCCGACGUGGAAACCUUCCGACAGGACACCAUCGACCAGCAGCAGUCGGUUGACUUUGACUAGAGCGCUGUGCAGCCACGCGACGAGCGUUGAAAUAUCUUUGCUUUGCUGACAAAAAAUACCGCCAAAAAAACGCAAAAAAAAAACAAUACAAUACACAUAAUAACGAACGAACGAAAUUUUCAGCCACUUUGAAUCAGUUUGAACUUGUUGUGCUUCUAUUUUUAGUUUUAAUUUAUUGUCAAAAGUCGCUUCAAUUAUUAUUAACAGUAACAAAUGAAACAUCAAACAACUUUUGGGAAAAAUUAAAACAAUAAAAACAAUUAAUUGGAAUGAUGGCCAUCGAAAAACUUA